AUGGGACCCGGCGAAUGGAAGACCGACUGCCAAAAACCCACACCGGGAGCACAGAGUCCAGACAGCAGGACUCCACGGGCCCCAGGGAGAGCGCAGACCAAGACAGACGGCGGUGACAGGAAUUUCGGAGCUGCACAGCCGGGAUCGGACGUGAGCGGUGAGGGAACUGAGCGGUCUGACCUCAUCAUCCUGUCAGUAAGGGUUCCCACCUCCACUGUUAGCUGCAGCUUUUUGCUUCAGCUACAAGGCCAGAAGUGCACACAGCAUGCCAGAGGCAGAGGGGGAGGGGACAGAGAGCUACAAAGACUGCUCUCUCUCUCUCUCUCUCUCUCUCUCUCCCCCUCUGCACUUGUGCUUUUGUUAGUUCUGUAUAAGAAGAGAGAAAAAAGAGAUAACAAAGGCUCCAUUUCCUUGCUGUUGGAGAAGGCGUUUGUCUUUCCUCCUGUAACCAUGUCCUGCAAGAAAGAGUUUGAUGUGAAACAGAUCCUAAGGCUGCGCUGGAGAUGGUUUAGUCAUCCUUCUCAAGGUUCGCCUAACACUGGAAGCUGCCUUCAGCAGGAAGGAUAUGAGCAUAGAGGGACCCCGGUUCAGGGCAGGUUGAAGAACCACUCUCUGGAUAGAAACGAACUGAAGAAAGGCAGCAAUCCUGUCCACCCCAAUAUACUGACACCCGUGCCAGGACCGGCUCCUGUCCAUCAAAGAGCCCUUCAAUAUUGGCACCAGCAAAACCUGAUAGAACAUCUCCAAGCAAAUGAAGAUACUCCUCAAGCAGUUCCAGAGGAGAUUUUGUCCAAAGAAGCUUGUGAGAAACACGUACGAGAUUUGGAGAUGAUGGCUGAUAACAAUAUAGAAGAUUCUAGAGCACGGUAUUAUAGUCAGUAUACUGAAGAAAUGACUGUCAAAUCUGAGAACUUCUAUGCAGUAAGUCAUGCAGAACAAACUCUCCAUAGAAUGGAGAACUACUUGAAAGAGAAACAACUGUGUGAUGUGUUCCUUGUUGCUGGGCACCUCCGAAUCCCAGCUCAUCGGCUGGUUCUCAGUUCAGUAUCUGAUUAUUUUGCUGCAAUGUUUACUAAUGAUGUGCUUGAAGCCAAACAGGAAGAGGUCAGAAUGGAAGGAAUAGAUCCAAAUGCACUGGAUUCCUUGGUGCAAUAUGCUUACACAGGUGUCCUGCAACUGAAUGAAGAUACCAUUGAAAAUUUGCUGGCUGCAGCUUGUCUUCUGCAACUGACUUGGGUCAUUGAAGUUUGCUCCAAUUUCCUCAUAAAGCAACUCCAUCCUUCUAACUGCUUAGGCAUCUGGUCAUUUGGAGAUGCCCAGGGCUGUAACAAGCUCCUAAAUGUGGCACAUAAAUACACAAUGGAAAAUUUCAUUGAGGUGAUAAAGCAUCAAGAAUUCCUCUUGCUUCCAGCUAAUGAAAUUUCAAAACUUCUGUGCAGUGAUGACAUUAAUGUGCCUGAUGAAGAAACAAUUUUUCAUGCUCUGAUGCAGUGGGUAGGUCAUGAUGCUCAGACUAGGCAACAAGACCUGGCGAAGCUCCUUUCUUAUAUCAGACUCCCACUACUCCCUCCACAGUUGCUUGCAGAUCUUGAAAACAGUUCCAUGUUUACUGAUGACCUCGCCUUCCAGAAGCUCCUGAUGGAAGCUAUGAAGUAUCAUCUCUUGCCGGAGAGAAGACCCUUAAUGCAAAGUCCUCGAACAAAACCUAGAAAAUCAACCGUGGGUGCACUUUAUGCUGUAGGAGGCAUGGAUGCAAUGAAAGGUACUACUACAAUUGAAAAAUAUGACCUCAGGACCAACAAUUGGCUGCAUGUUGGCACCAUGAAUGGGCGUAGGCUUCAGUUUGGAGUAGCAGUUAUUGAUAACAAGCUUUAUGUUGUGGGAGGAAGAGAUGGUUUGAAAACAUUGAAUACUGUGGAAUGCUUUAAUCCAGCUGUCAAAGUGUGGAUGGUAAUGCCACCCAUGUCUACACAUAGGCAUGGUUUAGGUGUGGCCACUCUUGAAGGACCAAUGUAUGCUGUUGGUGGUCAUGAUGGAUGGAGUUAUCUAAAUACUGUAGAAAGAUGGGACCCUGAGGGGCGCCAGUGGAACUAUGUGGCCAGUAUGUCAACUCCUAGAAGCACAGUUGGAGUUGUUGCAUUAAACAACAAAUUGUAUGCCAUUGGUGGGCGAGAUGGAAGCUCUUGCCUGAAAUCAAUGGAAUACUUUGAUCCACACACUAACAAGUGGAGUCUGUGUGCUCCAAUGUCGAAAAGACGUGGAGGUGUGGGAGUAGCAACAUACAAUGGAUACUUGUAUGUUGUAGGGGGCCAUGAUGCUCCUGCUUCAAACCAUUGCUCCAGGCUUUCUGAUUGUGUGGAAAGAUAUGAUCCAAAAAUAGAUUCCUGGUCAACUGUGGCACCUCUGAGUGUGCCUCGAGAUGCUGUUGCUGUGUGUCCCCUUGGAGAGAAACUAUAUGUGGUUGGAGGUUAUGAUGGACGUACUUAUUUGAACACUGUUGAGUCGUAUGAUGCUCAGAAUAAUGAAUGGAAAGAGGAAGUUCCUGUUAACAUUGGAAGAGCUGGUGCAUGUGUUGUGGUGGUGAAACUCACUUAAAACUCAAAAGAAUGGCCGCAGGAUAAUUUCAAGAAACAAAGCAAGAGGAACAGAGAAAAAGAAAUAGGAUCUUUUCUGCAGUUAAUAACUAAACUGGAAAACCAUUGUGUCAGUGUAAUAUGUAGAUAGGAUUGUUCUCAUUUGUGAAACUGAAACCAUUUUUAAAUGAUCUACCUUCAAAUUUUGAAUAUGUGUUGUCACAGCUGAUAAUAUAAACAGAAAUCCCCUGCACUAGGUUUUGCCUCAUUACUUAGAAUGUUAAACUACUUAAUGAAAAUUGAUAGUGACUGAAGUGUGAAGGCGAGAAAAGCAUCAUCAGUUUUCAAGUUAAAAGCCUGAAAAGACAAAAACAGUUCGUAUUUAUGAAAAGGUACUCUGUUAUUUGGAAUAUAACCUAAUAUAAGAGAAAAUGUGUGACCCUUAAAUCAUGAAGGCAGAUUUUCAGCAACAUACCAUUGUCUUAUUCAAACAGUAGCCCAAAUACCUAAAUAAUAUCUUGCAUUAACCUGAAAGGAAGGGUUUACUCUUUCAAGGCUUAAAAAGUGGUCCAUUAUAAUGUGCCAUGUUGACUAUGUCAACAUUUUCAAAAUUUUACUCCUUUCCAUAACUAUCUACCAGAGCUAUCAUAUAGAUUUGAUAUUUCUCAACAUAUUGCAUUAUUACUUAGUUACACAUAAAACAUCAUUGUAAUGCCACAAAUAUAAUUCAUAUAGUAAACCACUAAAUAUUUAUCAUAUUGAUACAAACUGUGACCUCAGUUUUCUGGUGUCGGGGACUCACUUUUAGAGAAAGGAAUGUUCUCUGCAAAUGUUUGUGUGAUCUUUGUAAACACCUACAUUUAAGUUAAACAAGUUUAAAAAUAACAAUUUUAAAGUACAUCAAAAUUGAUAAGUAGCACAGUAUUGACAUAUGGAAACACCAAAUUAUAUAAUAUGUAUGGUCCAUUCUAUAGUUAGGAUUUAUGUACCAACACAUGCCUUUAUGUUAAUGUUACAUUUAUAACAUGAUUAGAUUCUUGAGGACAUAUGUUCUUCAAAAAAUGUCCCUUUUAAAUUGUAAAGUGACAAAAACGAUUUGAGUAGUGUUUUAGCUUUCAAUUCUUAUUUCCAGUUAGUCCAUGUAGUUAUAAAAUGGUAAGGCAAAAUACUGAAGUGAACCUCUUUAUGAAAAUAACUUUUCAAACUAAUGUUCAAUUUUAGAAUUUCUAUAACAUGUUCUUUUAAACAAACUUCAUAUUGUAGACUGUUAAACUAACACAUGAAAUCCAGAGUGAUGGUUAUAAACGUACUACUACCUACUCAAUUUACAAUGGAAAAAUAUACGUUGUGCAAAGAUAUUUGUACUUUGACAAAUUGAAUUUAAAUAAAAAUCUUUUUCCU